GUUCAGUCUGGCUUCCACCGACUUUAUGACUGUUUGUGUUUGUUUACAAGAUCCUCGACAACAUCAGACGCCCAACUAUACACCACUCAACUGCUUUUGAUAGUUGCUGCAUCUGUAGCUGCCGAGUUAUCCAAGCCACCUGGUAGACAAUUCAUCCCAUCUCUGCCUGUUCUCUGGACUUGGUAGCGACUCCACGGCGCUCGACGACCACGCCCUAAUCGACCUUCACGAUGCCUUCAUUCCCUCCGCCACCUUCGACCGCCCUCGAUUGGGCCAACAUUGGCUUCCGUAUGCACGAGGUCAACGGCCACAUCGAGUCCCACUACUCCCACAAGACCGGCAAAUGGACGCCCCUCCAGUUCGUCACCGACCCCUACAUCCGCAUCCACGGCAUGGCGCCCGCCCUCAACUACGGCCAGCAGGUCUACGAGGGCCUCAAGGCCUUCCGCACCCCCGGCGACGGCUCCAUCCAGGUCUUCCGCCCCGACCGCAACGCCGCCCGCAUGCAGCACAGCGCCGAGUGCGUCUCCAUCCCCCCCGUCCCCGUCGACAUGUUCGUCGAGGCCGUCAGGGCCGCCGUCGCACUCAACGCCGAGUGGGUGCCGCCCCACGACACGGGCGCCGCCAUGUACGUGCGGCCCCAGCUCUACGGCUCCAGCGCCCAGCUGGGCCUGAGCCCCCCCGAGGAGUACACCUUUUGUGUCUACGUCCUGCCCACCGGCGUCUACCACGGCGUGCACCCCGUGCGCUGUCUCAUCCUGGACGACUUCGACCGUGCCGCCCCCAACGGCACCGGCAGCGCCAAGGUCGGGGGCAACUACGCCCCCGUCAUGAGGUGGACGGAUAAGGCGCGCAAGGAGGGCUUCGAUAUCACCCUGCACCUCGACAGUGCCACACACUCCGAGGUCGACGAGUUCAGCACGAGCGGCUUCAUCGGUGCGCUGGUCGACGGGGACAAUGUGACUAUUGUGGUUCCGGAUUCCAAGAACGUCAUCGACAGUAUCACCAGCGAGAGUGUCCAGGGUAUUGCCAAGACCUUUGGCUGGACAGUGGAGCAGCGUUCGAUCAAAUACGCCGAGCUCCCCAACUUCCAAGAAGUAAUGGCAGCCGGCACGGCCGCCUCCCUAGUGCCGAUCCGAUCCAUCACCCGCCGCCUGGCCUCGUCAGACCCCAAGUCGUGGGCAUCCACCAUCAAGUCGCACCCCCGGCUGUCUACCGACGCCGCCAAGGGCGAGGAGACAGUCUCGUACAUCCCCGACGGCAACGAGGACGCCGGCCCCCUGUGCCUGAAGCUCCUCACCCAGCUCAAGGGCAUCCAGGCGGGCAAGGUCGAGGACAAGCUGGGCUGGUGCGCCAAGCUGGCCGAGGAGGACCGGAAAAAGGCCCUCGGCCACGAGGUCGUGACCAACGGGAAGGCUGCCGAGGACCUGAGCGUUGAUCAGAUGGAUUAGCAAGGUCUAUCUACGGUAGCGGGCACGUCUAGAUCUAGACCGAUGGAGAGGGGCGACCGAAUCUACUCUGUGAUAUAUACCAGUAUCCAAAAAAUGAGAAAAAGGCAUAGCGGAGUCUCCGUGGCUUUAACUCUUCC